AUGAUGACCUCUAAGGCCAGAAAUUCUUCCCACAAUGUGAGUGAGUUCAUCCUCUUGGGCUUCCCUUGCCGCUGGGAAAUACAGCUCUUCCUCUUUUCCAUAUUCUUUAUAACUUACAUCCUGACCCUCCUUGGAAACAUGGCCAUCGUGUGUGCAGUGCGUUGGGACCACCAGCUCCAUACCCCGAUGUACAUUCUGCUGGCCAACUUCUCCUUCCUGGAGAUCUGCUACGUCAACUCUGAUGUACCCAACAUGCUGGCCAACUUCCUCUCCCAGACCAAAACCAUCUCCUUUGCUCAAUGCCUCCUCCAGUUGUACUUCUUCUUCUCACUGGGCACAACAGAAUGCUUAUUUCUCUCCACCAUGGCCUAUGACCGGUUCCUGGCAAUCUGCCGCCCCCUGCACUACCCUACCAUCAUGACUACUAAGUUCUGUAGCAGCCUGGUCGCCUUUUGCUGGGUGUAUGGUUUCCUCUGGUUCCUGAUCCCAGGGAUACUGGUUACUCAGCUACCAUUUUGUGGCCCAAAUGUGAUUGAUGACUUUCUGUGUGACCUGGGACCUCUGCUGGCCCUGGCUUCAGCAUGUGUCCCAAUCCCAGGGACUGUUCUCAUAUGUGGCACCAUGAGCUCCCUCCUCAUUUUUGCCACCUUUUUCUACAUUACUGGAUCCUACACCCUGGUGCUGAAGGCCGUAAUACAGGUGCCCUCAUUUGCUGGCCGGAAGAAGGCCUUCUCUACCUGCUCCUCACAUCUGGCCGUUGUGUUUCUUUUCUACGGUUCUGUCAUGAUGACAUAUGUGAGCCCAGGGUCAGGACAAGCAGAGGGCAUGCAGAAGUUCACAACUUUGUUCUACUCAGUUUUGACUCCUUUUUUCAACCCCAUGAUCUAUAGCCUCCGGAAUAAAGAAAUGAAAGAUGCCUUGAAGAAAGUUCUAGGAGCUUCCUAA